AUGUUGAUGUUAACAGUGGUGAUGAGCAUGGUGCGAAGUUUGUUCAUUAUCACUGCGAUGUUUUUGUUGGUACUUUUUUAUGCUUAUGCGGGUGUUAUUCUCUUCGGAAUGGUCAAAUAUGGACAAGCGGUUUCGAAACAUGUAAAUUUCCGAAGUGGCAAAGAAGCGCUUGUUGUUUUAUUCCGAAGUGUGACUGGCGAAGACUGGAAUGAUAUUAUGCAUGAUUGUAUGCGCAGCCCACCGUUGUGUUACUAUGAAGAAGGUAUAAACUAUUGGCAAACUGAUUGUGGAAAUUAUUUUGGUGCUAUAAUUUAUUUCUGUUCAUUUUACUUGAUCAUCACUUACAUUGUUCUGAAUCUACUUGUUGGUUAUACACUUCUCAAUCACUUAAUAUUCAUGUUUGUGAAGCACAUUUCAGCUGUUAUUAUUGAGAAUUUUUCGUUGUUUUAUUCAAGUGAAGAGGAUGCAUUGUUGAGUUAUGCAGACAUCAGAAACUUUCAACAAGUCUGGAAUAUGGUUGAUGUGGAACAAAAACGUACAAUACCAGUUCGUCGUGUGAAAUUUUUGCUUCGGUUGCUAAAAGGCCGUCUUGAAGUGGAUCCAAAUAAAGACCGACUUUUAUUCAAGCAUAUGUGUUAUGAGAUGGUUAGAUUACAUAAUGGCGAUGAUAUCUCAUUUCAUGAUAUUUUGAACAUGUUGUCCUAUCGGAGUGUGGAUAUUCGAAAAUCAUUGCAAUUAGAGGAAUUGUUGCAACGAGAAGAAUUAGAAUACAUUAUUGAAGAGGAAGUGGCAAAGCAAACGAUUCGUUCAUGGCUUGAAUCAUGCCUUCGAAGGAUCAAGGCUCAACAAACGAAAGAUGUACCAUUAAUUGCGCAGUUACGACCGUUACUCAAUCAACAACAUAAUUUGCCAUCGAUGUUACAACUGAACCAAGUGACGAAUCAGUUGAAUACGCAAGAAGCGAGUGAGAAGACGAAUGAUGCGAUUGAUACAGAGGACGAGGAUGUGUUACGACGAAGAACAGUCAGAAAAUCGAGACGGAGCAGUAUUCCUGAGCUCGUCGGGGAGGCAAAGAAGUUCAUCUUCAGCAGUGGAAUGAGCGCUAAGCAGAAGUCAUUGCAGAGCGAUCGACCGGGUAGUGUGACUGAUCGUAGUAAAUCGAUGUUGGGUACGGGUGAGAAAACAGCUGGUAGCAAUCCAGUCACAAGAGCUGAAAAACGAUCAACUCUCAAAGCAUUGCAGAUGCCAACAUAUGAACUGCCUGAUCUCGAAGAGAAGGGUGAAGACAAUGACAGUUAUGUGUCAUGCGAUCGACGUCACUCAGCUGAAGCAGCGUUACUUCCCACGCUCAACAAUGAUUCUACAAACGCGGCAACGAAAGCCGAGAGCAGUAGCUUGUUGCCGGAUGUGUUUGGGGGAGCAAUACAAGAUAGUACACCAGAUAUCAAAGGAUGGUGGGGUGAUUUGAACAGCGGUUCAAACGUCUUUUGA